AUGGAUCAAGUCGCCGUGAGAUGUACCAAAUGCGGCUCCGAGGUGAAAAUUCUGGCCAAUCUAUGGACGCAGAUAGGCAAGAAACACAUCACACCAGUAACCCACGUGGAGGACAAGAACGAGGCGGAUAAGAUCACUGCAACAGGUGCGAUUCGGAUUGGUGAUGCGAACACUUUGGUCGAGGGCUGUGAGCUUCGAAAUGCCGAAUGUUCAUCGUGCCACACAAACAUAGGCCAGAAAUGCUUAACAGUUCCUUCAAACCACGUAUUUACUAGUGGCCAAAUCAUCUUUCGUCUUGCGAACAUAUCACUUAAAGUCGCCUCAGAUCUCCGUCGCAAAGCUGAACCCAAGAUACAGCAAACCCUUAAUCUCAGGGUUAAACCAAUCACAACUCAGGGCAAACCCUCAACUCUGAACGGCGAGGCUACUCCUCGAACUGAACCUUCUCCAAGCAGGGAUAGGUUCGACAUCAUGCAGAUCCAAACAGAUCUCGAGGCUCAGCAAGAUGAAAUCCAGCGUAUUGGCACAGCUGGAUUCCAAGUCAUAUCGACGUUGAAUAGCACAGUCGCGCGCUUCGAAAAGCAGAUGCGGGAGCUGAGCGACUCCGUUGCCAGUGUUCGCAAAGAUGGGGAAGGACAACAGGCCGACAUCAAGUCUCUCAAAACUCAAAUGAGUGACGCCAAGCGGAAAGGUGACAGUGACGCCGUGAUUGCUCGUCUGGAUAAGCAGCUUCAAACGACGGACAGAGUGGUCUCUGAACUUCGACAAAUGAUCCAGAAAUCCAAGAUAGAGACCACGGGUCUUCGACUUGAUCUAGCGACUGCACACAAGGAGAUUGCAGAAGUGAAAAGGACAAAUGAACGUCUCAAAGAAGACGCUGCCGAAGCAAAGCAGGUAGCGCAGGAAGGCAUCGCUACGUCCAAGCUAUAUGCUUCUGAGGUGGCAUCGUUGAGGCGGGAAAUUACACAGCUACGGUCCGAACUUGGACAAGAAAACACACACCAUGCUUCGAUGGACGAAGACUCCUCCAUUACAUCUCAUCAACUGGACAUUCUCGCUAGCAACAUAUCCAAGAUUGGAAACAGGGCUAGCCAGGUCGAAUCUCUACAGAUGGAGUUUGACCUCUUCAGAACUCGAAUACAGCGGCUAGAAGCUCGAGUUGUCGGUGGCAUGCCCAACCCCAAUCGGAAAGACGUUCGUGCUUCUCGGGCAGAGUACACUCCCGCGGUUGAGCAGGAUAGCCAGUCUCACUACGGAUCAACUACGCGCAAGAAGCGGCCGACAGUAGGUGGUGAAGAAAAUCAUAUUCUCAACUCAACUCCUCCAAAACGGGUAGCCCUCUCAUCGGACUAUCCUAGCCUUGCUACCGUAGGCUAUGUUAGCACUAGCGAGCAUCGACAAUCAUCACCCGGGACUAUGGAUUUGAUAGAGACGCCUGUCCAACGGCGGGCUACAGCAGCAUCAACCAAGAAGAGUACUGCAAAGCGCGGUAGAUGGGGAGCAAAGGCCUAA